GUUCUAGGCUGGGCUAGGCUAGCUUGGUCAUCGUUAGACAUGGAGAGGCAGAGCUUGGAUCUUGGCCUGAGCCUCGGGCUGGGCCUGGGAGUGACGUCGACGGCGGCGCCCCGGCUCGCCGCCGCCGGCCUCUUUCUGAACUCCGGUGUGGCCAUUGCGUCGGAGCAAGAAGGGAGCCAUGGUGCGGUGGCGGCGGAGGACGAGAGGGUGGCGCCGUGCUCUCCUGGGAGCCCGGUGUCGAGCGGCAGCGGGAAGAGGACGGCUGACAGGUCGGCCGGGAGCGGCGACGAGGACGACGCCGGCUGCGACGGCGGCGGCGGCGCGCGGAAGAAGCUCCGGCUGUCCAAGGACCAGGCCGCCGUCCUCGAGGAGUGCUUCAAGGCGCACCACACCCUCACUCCGAAGCAGAAGCUUGCGCUGGCGAACAGCUUGAGCCUGCGGCCGCGGCAGGUGGAGGUGUGGUUCCAGAACCGCCGCGCGAGGACGAAGCUGAAGCAGACGGAGGUGGACUGCGAGCAGCUCAAGCGGUGGUGCGACCAGCUCGCCGACCACAACCGCCGCCUCCACAAGGAGCUAGCCGAGCUCAGGGCGCUCAAGGCCACGCCGCCGGCCGCCGCCGAGACGCCACUGACCACCCUCACAAUGUGCCUCUCCUGCAAGCGCGUCGCCACCUCCUCCUCAGCCUCCGCCGCCAACGCCGGCGCGCCGUCGCCGUUCCCCGGCCACCACCCGCAGUUCUUCUGCGGAUUCAGAGAUAGCGCCGCCGGGGCCACCGCAGCGGCGUACGGCAGCUCGUCUGGACUCGCGAAGCCGGUCAGGGCGGCGAGAUAGAUCGAUGCGCCGCCAUGAUCAAGCAAAUCUCUAGCUAGAAGAAGACACUGAAAACUGUCACGACUCACACAAGCAAACUGAGGAAGAGUAGAACAGAGUUUAAUUGAUUAAUCUCUCAUUUUCUGUGUACUUCCAAGGAUUAAGUGCAAGUUAAUUAGUAGUUUUAACAAUGUAGGAUCAAUCGAUCAAUGAGUUGCACAAUAACCGUAUGCACAUGAAAGUUGAUGAAAUAACAAGAGCUAAUUAAUUAAUUAAUUAAUCAAG